CUAUUUGACCGUUUCUCUCUCUCUCCAUCCAUGGAGCCUGCAACACCUCCAUAGAGAGAAUUCUCCUGAGCUCUGUAAGUACCAAUAAGGAUUAAGAAAAUGGGAUCAUCACAUGAAUAUGCUGUUGUGCCGCCAGCCAAUCCUUCAGCACAUGAGCUCGAGAGCGUCGCCAUUCACAGCAUGGACAACGGAUCAGCUCCGGCGAUCCCAUUUGUGCACAAUUCAGCAGCCCCAAAACCUCCAAGACCCGAACCACAGCGAAGCUUUGCAAGGAUACUGAUGUCGCAGCCCUUGAAGAUCAAGGAGGAGAUAAAACGGCUCUCACCGCGGGCAGUGAGGAACCCGAUGGGAAAGGCCAUGCGGAGGAUGCAAUCCAGUGCAGAAUUGGGGCUCAAGAGCCUUCGUUUUCUCGAUAAAACAGCAGGCGGCAAGGAGAAUGGGUGGAAGGCCGUGGAGAAGCGGUUCGACCAAUUCGCCAUCAAUGGAAGGCUACCCAAGGAAAAUUUUGGGCGCUGCAUUGGGAUGGCUGAUUCCAAGGAGUUCGCUGGGGAGCUUUUUGUUACCCUAGCAAGACGGAGGAACCUGGAACCGGAGAACGGAAUUACAGUAGAUGAAUUAAAGGAGUUCUGGGAAGAGAUGACAGACCAAAACUUUGAUUCCCGGCUACGGAUAUUCUUUGACAUGUGUGACAAGAAUGGGGAUGGAAAACUUACAGAAGAUGAGGUCAAAGAGGUCAUCAUUUUGAGUGCCUCGGCAAACAAACUUGCAAAACUCAAGGGGCAUGCUGCAACCUAUGCUGCUCUCAUAAUGGAGGAACUAGACCCUGACCAUCUUGGCUAUAUUGAGAUCUGGCAGCUUGAGACAUUACUGCGAGGGAUGGUGAGCUCACAGGGAAAUGAGAAAACAGUCAAACGUAGUCAUAGCCUUGCGAGAACAAUGAUACCAAAGCAGUACAGAAACCCAAUCAACAGAAGUGUCAGCAAGACAGCAGAUUUCGUUCAUGAGAACUGGAGGAGGAUUUGGGUUCUUUCACUAUGGCUGAUACUGAACAUAGCACUAUUUAUAUGGAAAUUUUACCAGUACAGGCGGAGAUCAGCAUAUGAAGUGAUGGGCUAUUGCGUGUGUGUAGCCAAGGGUGCAGCAGAGACCCUGAAACUGAACAUGGCACUCAUUCUCCUCCCUGUUUGUCGAAACACCCUUACAACGCUCAGAUCAACUGCUCUUGGUAGGCUCAUCCCAUUUGAUGAUAACAUCAACUUCCACAAGACAAUUGCAUUGGCCAUCACAAUCGGGGCUCUUAUUCAUACAGUUGCUCAUGUAACAUGUGAUUUUCCAAGAUUAAUCACAUGCCCAAAGCCGAAAUUCAUGAUUUUAUUAGGACCAAAUUUCAGCUAUCAGCAACCCACAUAUUUAACUCUAUUAUCCAGUGCUCCAGGGGUCACUGGUGUCCUCAUGGUCAUCAUAAUGGCAUUCUCUUUCACCCUAGCCACACAUUCUUUCCGAAGAAGUGUGGUAAAGUUGCCAUCACCUAUGCACCACUUAGCUGGAUUCAAUGCAUUUUGGUAUGCCCACCAUCUUCUAGUGCUUGUGUAUGUCCUCCUGGUUGUGCAUUCCUACUUCAUUUAUCUCACUCGGGAAUGGUACAAGAAGACGACGUGGAUGUAUCUAUCAAUUCCAGUCCUCUUUUAUGCCUGUGAGAGACUAAUCAGAAAAUUUCGCGAGAAAAACUAUCGUGUGAGCAUUGUUAAGGCAGCAAUAUAUCCAGGCAAUGUUCUUUCAAUACAAAUGAAAAGGCCACCAGGUUUCAAAUACAUGAGUGGAAUGUACCUAUUUGUCAAAUGUCCAGAUGUCUCACCCUUUGAAUGGCAUCCCUUCUCCAUCACUUCCGCACCAGGAGAUGACUACUUAAGUGUUCAUAUCCGGACCUUGGGAGACUGGACAACAGAGCUCAGGAAUUUAUUUGGAAAGGUUUGUGAAUCACAAGUUUUGUCUAAGAAGGCCAACCUAGUCAGACUUGAAACAACAGUUGUAGCAGAUGCUCAAAUUCAAGAAGCUAGAUUCCCAAAGCUCCUGAUAGAUGGGCCUUAUGGUGCACCAGCUCAAAAUUACAAAAAAUAUGAUAUUCUUUUGCUCAUCGGGCUUGGAAUUGGUGCAACUCCAUUUAUCAGCAUACUAAAGGAUCUCCUCAACAAUCUGAAGUCAAAUGAAGAAGUACAGAAUAUACACAAGUCAGAUGUACACAACAUCAAAGGAAAUAGUCCAGGAAGAGCUUACUUCUAUUGGGUGACAAGGGAACAGGGUUCCUUUGAAUGGUUUAAAGGUGUCAUGAAUGAUGUGGCAGAAAGUGACCAUAAUAAUGUUAUAGAAAUGCACAACUACUUGACCAGUGUGUAUGAAGAAGGUGAUGCAAGGUCAGCUCUGAUUGCAAUGGUUCAGUCACUACAGCAUGCCAAGAAUGGUGUUGAUAUUGUCUCUGGCAGUCGGAUUCGGACCCAUUUUGCAAGGCCAAACUGGAGGAAAGUGUUCUCAGACUUAGCUAAUACACAUAAGUCUUCUCGCAUAGGUGUUUUCUACUGCGGAUCUCCAACACUUACAAAACAACUGAGAGAUCUUUCACAAGAAUUCAGUCAUACCACCACAACCCGCUUCCAUUUCCACAAGGAGAACUUUUAGAAUGGAGCCAAGAAAUAUUGAUGGACAACAUAUACUUGUACAGGAAAAGAAAAGAGAGAGGCCAAAAUAUGACAUGUUUUCUUGGAUAUUCUAUGAACAGAAUUUCUAUUUUCAGCUGUUUUAGUUAUCUUUGCAUCAUAUACAUAUACGGAGAAUAUGAGUGAGAUAUGAUUUUCUCUUUCAGCUUUUCUUGUCACAAGAAUUAUUCAGGAAACUUCUUUAAUUC